GGAGAAGGGGGAGGAAGAGAAGGAGGAGAGUUUCCCUCCUUAACAUCUUUAGGGCUGUGGUGUGGAGCUCAGACCAGCGAAGACUCCGGCCGGGAAGAUGAAGAAGCUGCUGGUGUUUUUGCUUUGCCUGGUGCUGCUGACCGCUCACACAGAUGCCAACCCUGUCAUCAGGGAGAAGUACGCCAAGCAGCUCCUCCGCAGCAAGAGGCAGGACAGGCCGCUGAAGGCCGGCCACCCCGACGAGCCCAUGAGGGAACAUCUGCUCCGCAUGCAGGCUCUGGACCAGAGGGCCCAGGAGACCAACCUGGAGUACUGGCUGAACCCCCACUGCCCCCCGCGCUGCGACAGGAACUACGGCCACCCGGUCUGAGCAGGAGCGCCAGGAAACGACCAGGAGCGACGGAACACGGAUUUCACGGAAGCAACUGACACAAAUAAAAAAUAUUUCUCUUAAUUUUUUUUUCAAACCUCCGUAUGAGGACAGACUAUUAAAAUGUUUCAUAAUGUAGAAGGGUGUCCCUUUGUUGUAGCUAGUUUCCGUUUUCUUGUUUUCCUUGAGUAACAAUUGUGACAAAAAUAUAAAAUAAAUCAACCACAAAUGAA